CGUUACAUUUUAUUUGAUUUACAACUGAAAUACAUGUGAUAGUUUGCAAACUUAGAUGAACAACACUUAGUUUUUAUUAUCUAAGAGCUGAAUUUAUACAUCUCUUGAUUAAUAUACCUGUAUUAGAUCGUUAUUCAUGUGAGAGACACUUGUUGCUAACCACGCUAUUGUGUAUCGCACCUUGUCAACAAUCUCCAUUUACGUAGAGAGCAGCACACACGUGCCUUAAGGGUGGCAAAAUGAGUGCUGCGAUGGUUGACAGAAAUCCAGAGUACCCCUCAGCUGAUUAUGGUCGGUCCAUGUACGACUCCAGACCACAGAAUGAUUAUGGUCGUCCAUCGUACGACUACAAUCGUCCAACUUAUGAUUCGUACCAGCAGCCAGGGGACUAUAACCGAUCAUCCUAUGACCCUCCCCGGGCCCAGGAGAGGUAUGACCAACCCUCACAGUACCAGAGGGCCCCUGACCCACCAGUGAUAACUUCUGGGAUAGUCAGUUUAAGUGAUGAAAAAGCCAAAGAGCGCAAACAUCUGAUACAGAUGGAAAUGCGUAAGGAAUACGAGGACCACAUACGGCGACAAAAGCCUGUGUAUUAUACCACAGGAGCCCCAGAGCAGGGACUCCCCAUAGGAAACUAUGGCCAGACUCGCAAGGUUCUGAACGAUGAACGCCACCGAGACUACAAUAAAUUUAUAAAGGAGAAAGAGGAACAAGCGAACAGACAUCGAGAUGAGGUGUUACAGCAGCGACAAGCCUCACCCCCUCGUCAGCCCCAGACUGAGAUGUACGACCACAAUCAGAUGUCACAGACACUCCGGGAGGAGAGGAGGAAAGAGUACAAUGAUUACCUGAAACAGAAGGAGAUUCUGGAGCAUGAAAACGCUCAUCGACCAGUAACUCCCCCUGGUGGCCUCGCUAUAGGGGGAUAUGAUGUAUAUCGCAAUCAACUCAAAGCAGAUAGAGUGCGUGAAUAUAGGGAGUCUUUGCUUAAGAAAGAGGUUAAUGGUACCCCCCGUGCCCCUCCCACCCCACCUGUGGGCCUCAAUAUACCCACGGAAGCUGAGAGACACAGAAUUGCUGAGCUCAAGAAGAAGCAAUAUCGAGAGGAGUUACUGAGGCAACAAAAAGAGCAAAUACUGAACCGAGCUCAACACCAACUGGAAAUUCCAGUGAUUGACCGUCGCCAGGCAAUUUCUGACCCCCCACCUCCCCUUGAUUUGUCCCAGGAUCGCCCACCCUCAGGGAGAUGGGACCCUGAUUCUUACAGACAACCCAAUUUUGGUGCUGUAAAGAGAGUAACAUCCCCCCCACACCAAGCUAACAUCGGCCAUGAUGAUUACGGAUCAUACCGCAGACAGACUGAACACGAAGUCAGAAACAAGGAGUACAACGAAUUCCUUGCCAAAAAGCAACAUUUGGAGGAUGAGAGGCGGCAGAAAUUAGUGGAGCAGCGUCAACAGGCUCCGGCACCGAUCAUCAAGGGAGACUACUACAGCUCAGAACAGUACGACCACAAACGGCAGGCACUGAGAGACCAGCAACAUAGAGAGUAUCAGAAUUACCUCAAAAGCCAGCCUGCCACACCUCCAGAGGCUUAUGGGCUCCCGAUAGGUCAACAGCAUUAUAUCCCCAAACAAAAAUGGAUGGAAAGGCAGAGAAAUAUGGAAUACAACCAGUUGUUGAAAAAGCAGCAUGAACAGCAAAGUAAACGAGCCCCAACACCAGAUUACCUGCAGGGGUUACCCCUCAGUCAACGGCAAUAUGAUAACAUGCGUAAAAUGCAGGAAAAACAACGAAAUCAGGAAUACAACCAACUGCUGGCAAAGAAAGGUUUUGAUAGACACCAACCUCCGGAGACAAAUCGUCGACCAGAGCUAGGGAUGAGGAGCGAGUUCCAAGACCAGUUCCAAGACCCUCUGGCUAACAGGAGCACACGCUCCUCCGAGAUGGAACAAUAUAUGAGUCGCGUUGACAAUCAGGCCCGAUUUAAUCUGAAUUCACAUAUACAGAUUGCCCCUCAGGCUGUGUCCAGUGAUUAUGCUCGGACCCACAGUGGCAAGCUCCAAUCUUACGGAUUGAUGACAGAGACACAAGAUCAGUUUAGAAGCCCAACUAUAAAAAGACAAGAAAUGUUGGAUCAGGAGCCAGCAGGCAGACAGUCCCAGAGGAAUGUACCCCUGGGGUCCCUAAUCACGGGAGACAGGGUGGACUACCCCAGCAGUGCUAAUGUGAAAUUUAACAAUGAACGUCGCAGGGAGUACAAUGAAUACAUUAAGCCCCAAGAUCUUAAGAACAUCCACAGAAAGAGAGAGGAGGCAAUAUCUAAGAUUGAAUCUGAUGGCAUAGACUUGGACAAAGUCCGAAUCUUCCCUCAGGGAGAAUAUCAAGACAAACACAAACAAUUACAGGAAGAAUGGAGAAAAAACUUCCGUGAUUUCGCUGCUAAGAAGCAUGAAAUAGUAAAGAAAGAGCUAGAGGAACGUGAGCAGGAACUAGCAAAAUAUUACCGUAAGGAGAUAGAUAACCCUCACAUCCUGCCUGUCGGGGAAUACAAGGACAAACAGAAACUUUUCCAGCAGCAGUGGCGAGAGGAAUGUCGGGACUAUUACUCAGGGCACCCUGUGGUUCAGAAGUCAAAAGAGAUUUGGAAGGAGGAUGAACCUGUUCACACCAUACCACAGUCCGGAGAAUACAAAGGUCGCAGAGAAAGGCUGAAUAAUGCACUACGAGAGGAGUUCAAAGAAUAUCUGAGCCAGAAAACUCCCCCUAAAGAGCGGCUUAAAGUGUUUGGGCAGCAAGGGGCCGUCUUGUUUGAUCCACUGUAUAAUAAGGACACCAAGAAUCGAGUUCGAGAGGAGAGGUCCAAAGAUUUCCAGGACUUCCUGGAGAAACAAGAAGCAGAGCGAUACAGAAAGCAGGACAACACGCGAUCGGAGAAUCGCAUCGGUUUCAUGUCUCAGCUGGGUAAACCUGUGGAGGAGAUCAGAGAAAGGCUCGCUAAGGAGAGGCAUGAGGAUUACAAUAAGUAUCUACAAAGUAAAUAUAACUCAAAGUCACAGCAGCGCCCCCUGGAACGACCCAAGUGGGUGGAUCCCAAUAUUAUGGAAGAUAAUUGGCAGAAGGAAGCUGGAGGGUCAAGGUCCAACAGCCGACCACCAAGUAACAAACCAGUCCAAACUCCGACAUACGAGGAGAUGUUACAGAGAAAGAGGAGAGAGGAGGCUUCCUAUAGACGUUAUGAUGAUCCGGAAUAUUCCAGAUCAGGGGAUCCAGGCAGACGACCCAUGCCGUAAAGACCAUGUGACUGAGAUUACGUUCUGAUUUUUGUACAGUAGAACAGAUAGACCGGCACUGCAUGCACCACUUAAUGUGACUCCGUCCAGUAUUAGACCCUAACAAUCGUGUAGAUUUGAGUAUUAACAAAGAGCAGCUGACCCAAAGUGACUGUAGAUAUUGACUUGUAUAUAUACAAUAACUGACUCGUAUAAGAGUUACUUCCCUUUAUACAGACUCUGCUGAUAUAUAUAGUGCCUGUUCUCCCUGAUUCAGUACAUUAUUCUACAAGCAAUGACAGUGUGAAGCUUUAAUAUCAUGUUAUUUGUUACUCAUUAAUCAUAUUUUACUUGGAGUUUAUAGGAAAGUGCUAAAUUGUGGUUUUUUUCGUUAUUUUUUUGUUAAUGUGAAUGUCUUAAGUGUGUGCCAUAAUCAAGUCAUCGAAAAAAAGUUAUCAAGUUACUGAACCCCCAGGUAAAAUAUAUAAAAUACACUGUUUCUGUAAUAUUUAUUCAUUUAUAAGCACUAUGUUGCACUUUUUCUUCAACAGUUUAUUUUAUGUGUUUAUUUAUAGUACAUGUAUAUUGAGCCAAAUAUUGUAUAAGAAAACUUGAUACUGCUGAAAGAGGGAAAUAGUUCUGAGUAUGAAUUGUAAUAAUCUGUUAAUGUUCUGUUAAAUGUUUCUCAAGUGCUGUAUAAUUUAUUGGUGGUAAAGGAUUUUGAUGUGAUUUAGACUAGGAGAGAAACAGGAAAAUCUUCUCAAUAGAAAUAAAUUAUAAACAGAGAGGUUUUAUCUUGUUAUUG